AUGCUGCUGUCUGAUUUACCGUCGGACAUAAUAUACGUGAUAGCAACAUAUCUUCCGUCUGCCAGCUCAUUGGCCGCCCUCGCUCAGACAUGCCAACGCCUGCACAAGGUCAUCGCUGCUGAGGACUGGCGGGUAUUCCAUGGACAUUUCAAGAAUCGUUUCCCCUUCGUUGAUACGCCUCCUUUUUGGAAGGAUGCAACUCAGGCGCUCACGGCGCGCGCUCGAGCAUUGGACAGACUUGGACUGCUUUGUCGCUUCGUCCUCCCCCCACGCGAUGCGGUGAAGGUUGGAUCCCAUCGGGGCACCCGGCAGGACAACCCUACGCACGGGUACCGUCCCUCGAUUGAUUCAUAUGAAUCUUGGCCAGGUGGUUCCUGGUCGGAAAGGAAGGAGGUGCUCGUCUGGGGCGCCGCGGAUGAGUUAGUUUUACGGAUUCGGCAGCCCACGUAUCGCGCCGGAGAGAAGUGGUUCAUUUUUAACGACGUGGAGACGAAGAUCAGCAGCUACCAUGACAUUUGUGGCGUACAUCUCCUCAAACAAGAGCAUCAUAGCAGAAAGGCAGGCGACGAGCACAUAAUAUUUGGUCGUCUGAACGGCGACCUAUGCCAUGUUGCGAUUUCGCCGGACACAGCGUCUCACAAAUACUACCAACGUUUCUUGACCAAUGGCCAUGGGCUUGAGCGCACAGAGUUGAGUGGAGGUGCAGAGCCUAUUCUGGCGGCCCAUUUGAACAAUGGAUCCAUCGUCUUCUAUCAGACCACAACGGGAGAAGCCGAAGUUGAGUCGUUUGCGGAUUGCAAAAUCACUCCAGACGGCACGGCACGUAACAAGUAUUCCAAGUUCUUGUCGCCUGAGUGUAUUGCGUAUGGAACGGGACGCCAGGAGAAUUCCUUAACUAUCACCACGAUUUCUAAAGAACGACUAUCGGUGAACCGCGAGAUCAGCGUCACCUCCUUGGAUAUAGGGGAAAGUAUCGGCCUCCGUCGAAAGGCCAACGUGAGCGCAAUCGCACCUCUCACUGCUCAGUUCACCAGAGAAUCCUCUGGCCAAGUAUUCCUUGCUGCCUGGGGUGACCGCUGCAUCAGACUUCACGAUCUACGCUCGCACCAGCCUUUCGAGUAUACCUACCGUGACACAAUCGAUACGAAUCCUAUUUAUUGUAUACACCCAUUCGGCCAGGAUCGUUUUCUAGCAGGCGCAGGCGGAGACGCCGUGGUCAAGAUUUAUGACCUUCGGAUGCAAAGCGCCUACAGCCACAAGAAUACACAAAUUCCUUCUCCUCCAAAUGACCUUCGCCGGUCCUCUAACGGCUCCACUCCUUACCUCAGCGGGUUCCAAAACACUGUGACCUGUCCGCGCAAAGAUUUCUCGAUCUUCCUUACAACAUCCCCUUCCGUCCGCUGGAACUCGAAAGCAGCACGCUCACGCGUAGAUCGUCAAUAUCGCGGACCAAUCUACACCAUGUCCUCCCCCUCGCCCUCCUCGUCAACCAUUUACACCGGCAUCGUUGACGGGGUGAUGCGGCUCGACUUCGCCUCGUCGGAUGAUUUGACGGGCCCCUCCCAAGCAUGGUAUCGAGAUUAUUUCGGCUUGUACUCAGAUGUAACUCGUCCUGCGACUCUAGCGGAUCGGAUCAUAGAGCUUUCUGGCUACGAACGUCGGGAUUCAACCAGUGCGUCCAAGUUGAGGACUCAGCAGCCCUUUGCGCGGAUUGAACCCGAGGAUAUUGAACAUGAGAAGAAUACUGGUUGGGACAGAAGAUGGCAGCGGUUAGGACCACCGGGUGCCUGGAGACGGUCGGAUCGGGCUACGUGA